AUGUCUUUUCAAAACCCCAAAGUCUUCAAAAGGAAGAUACGCUACAGUGUACCAGCUCCUGUGAAGCCUCCAAAGCUCUUCGCUUUCCUUGAUCUACCUCGCGAGUUGCGCGACAAAAUCUAUACCGAUAUUCUCGCCUCCUCCUCGAACGCUGUCACUCUCUCGCCAUGGAGUAUCGAAGUGACGAAAUCGAUGUCCAUUUUACGAACCUGUAAACAGAUACAGAAAGAGUGUAAAGAGAUUAUAUGGCUCCACAAUGGCUUGCGACUUCGGGAAGAAACUGAGUUGUUCGCGCGCCUCGCGUUCUUUAUAGAUUGCAUUGGCAUCAAAGGUUUGCACCAGCUACAACAUAUCGAGAUUACGCUGGAGCUACUGGAUCGGGAUGAGCUUGAGUGGAUGUGCAGUGGUCUGAGAGCAAUCGCUGCCUCCCCGAGGAAAGGAAUAGUGAAAUCAAUAACUUUGAUCGCCAUUAAUGAUCGUCCACGGGGCCUCAAAGAAUACGAAGAAGCGUUGGACUUGAUGUGUAAUGGAGACUUUGUUGAUGGCAGAUUGUUUGGACGUGGUUCUAGCAGCGGUAAUUCUUUGAUAUUGAAAACUAGCUGGCCGCAUUUCUCUCACUGGGGAAAGCAGCGUUGGUUAAGGGAGAUGUUGUUGGAUCGCAGUGACACAGCGGACCUCCUUCAGGAACUGCAUACGAUGUUUGGAGGAGAGCUUUAUAUCGAUGGUACUCUAUGUCCUAACGGAAUACCGCCCGAGUCUUGUAAACUCAACCCACGAGACGGUGAGAUUAAAAUCCUACCAACAUAA